AUGGCGGCGAGUCACGGAUCUGCUAACUCGAGGCAGCUUUCACAGAUGGAAGCUGACAUCAAGAUGAUGUGUGCUGCUGAGGUUCACCUCGGUACCAAGAACUGUAACUACCAAAUGGAGCGUUACGUUUUCAAAAGACGCAAUGAUGGUAUUUACAUAUUUAACCUUGGAAAGACAUGGGAGAAGUUGAUGAUGGCAGCUAGAGUUAUUGUUGCUAUUGAGAAUCCACAAGACAUCAUUGUGCAAUCUGCUAGACCUUAUGGUCAAAGAGCUGUUUUGAAGUUUGCUCAGUACACUGGUGCCAAUGCUAUUGCUGGAAGACACACUCCUGGUACUUUCACCAAUCAGAUGCAGACUUCUUUCAGUGAGCCCAGGCUUUUGAUUCUUACUGAUCCACGUACCGACCACCAGCCUAUUAAGGAAGGUGCUUUGGGAAACAUUCCAAUCAUUGCUUUCUGUGACACUGACUCUCCCAUGAGGUUUGUUGACAUUGGUAUCCCUGCUAACAACAAGGGGAAACACAGCAUUGGUUGUCUUUUCUGGCUUCUUGCUCGUAUGGUUCUUCAGAUGCGUGGUACCAUUCGCCCUGCUCAGAAGUGGGAUGUCAUGGUUGAUCUGUUCUUCUACAGGGAGCCAGAAGAGGCUAAGCCAGAGGAUGAGGAUGAAGUUGCUCCUCAGGCUGAGUUUGGACUACCUGCUCCUGAGUAUGGAGGUGGUGGAGAGUGGAGCACUGCUGCUAUCCCUGAUGCUUCUUGGACAGGAGAAGGUCAGGCGCCAAUCUCUGCUGCCCCUGCUGGUGCUUCAUGGAACGAGUCCGCACCAGCAGCAGAAGGUGGAUGGGACCCGGCUGUGCCACCGACCGCAGCAGUGACCAAUUGGGAAUAA